AUGCAGGCGAAAUGGAUGAAUGAGGAGCCUGAGAUGACUGUUGAGAUCGUAGGAGGCAACGUGUUCGAGUUCACUACGGAGAUCGCCAACUUGGUCGACAAGUCCGAGUACGACAACCUCAAGAAGGCGUACACUACGACCAAGAACUCGACCGUCACGUACGACAGCUACACUCCGUCUCGAACUAAGAUCCUUUCCUGCCCCAAGUCCAUGUCCACGGACCUCCCGCCGAUGCCAAAUGUGGAAAUUCUCGAGUGCACCGCGUUGCAGCCUGUGUGCAAAGGCAUCACCGCCAACGCGUACGAGCAUUCGGACGCCAGCACGUCCGCAGGCGAAAAGCGCACGCCCUCGAACGGUAAUGGCGCCUCGGCUCAAGCCUCGUCAAGAAGUGGCAACAUGAAGUCAAUUGCCUCAGCCACGGUAACUUCAGCUAUUACAGUUGCCUUUUCACUGGCAAUGGCGACAAUCACUCUGUUCAACAUGUAG